UGAUAUAGGCUACAGCUGGUGGCCGCAGCUUCGCCACACGGAGGGAAAGGGUGAGAAAGUGACGAGGGAUUCAUGAAGGGGCUUUUUAGUUUUGUUUUAAGUGAAGAAGGUUCGAGAAUUGUGGGACUGUUUGAGAAGGGUGGCUCACACACCCAGCCAGCGACAGAGGACACGCGGGACGGGGAAAUAAGAUGCUCUGCCACGUUACUCGUCCGGAUUCGGUGGUGAUGGAAGUGGAAGUUGAUGGCAAGGCGAACGGUGAAGACUGUCUGAAUAAGGUUUGCAGAAUGUUGGGCAUAAUUGAAGUGGACUACUUUGGGCUGCAGUUCACCGGCAGCAAAGGCGAGAACCUGUGGCUGAAUCUGAGGAACCGCAUAUGCCAGCAGAUGGAUAACGUGACGCCGUGUCGACUGAGGCUGCGGGUCAAAUUCUUCGUGGAGCCCCAUCUCAUUCUGCAGGAACAGACGAGACACGUUUUCUUCAUGCACGUGAAGGAGGACCUGCAUAACGGUCACCUACGAAUGGGCUCGGAACAAGCGGAGGAGCUGAGCGCGCUCCUGGCACAGGCGGAGUUCGGCGACUACAACCAAAACACGGCGCAGUACUGCUACUCGAAGCUGUGUGGAGAGGAGCCCAGCACGGCCACCAUCAACAGUGUCGUAUCCAGACAUAAAGCCCUGGAAGGUUCGAGUCCGGGCUCGGUGGAGUAUCAGGCUCUGCAGCUGGUCUCCUCUCUGGAGCAUUACGGCGUGGAGUGGCACUGGGCUCGGGACGCGCACGGUCAGCGGAUGGCCAUCGGAGUCGGCCCUGAGGGAAUCGCCAUCUGCAAGGAGGACUUCAGUUUAGUCAACAGAGUCAGCUAUCCCAUCAUUCAGAUCGCCACCCAGUCGGGGAAGAGUGUGUUUCUGACGGUCACCAAGGACACAAACGACAGCGUGGUGCUUCUGUUCAAGCUCAUCAGUAACCGAGCAGCCAGCGGUCUGUACCGGGCCAUCACAGAGACACACGCCUUCUACAGGUGUGACACGGUAACAAACGCAGUCAUGAUGCAGUACAGCAGAGACUUCAAGGGCCACCUGGCCUCACUCUUCCUCAACGAAAACAUCAACCUGGGCAAGAAAUACGUGUUCGACAUCCGCCGCACCUCCAAGGAAGUGUACGACCACGCCCGCCGCACGCUCUACAACUCGGGCGUCUCGGACCUGGUGUCCCGCUCCGGCAGCGGCGAGCGUUCGUCCCCCCCGAGCUCCCCGAGCAGGGACGACCAGCAGGACGAGGGGCUGGACUGUGGCAGCUGCCAGCAGAGCCGAGCGCUGCAGGAGAGGCUGCAGAAGCUCCGGGAGGCUCUGCUGUGCAUGCUGUGCUGCGAGGAGGAGAUCGACGCGGCGUUCUGCCCCUGCGGCCACAUGGUGUGCUGCCAGACGUGUGCAAAUCAGCUUCAGCUGUGUCCCGUGUGUCGGUGCGACGUGGAGCACGUGCAGCACGUCUACCUGCCCACCUGCACCAGCCUGCUCAGCCUGACGCUGACCGACAACCACCAGCACCACAGCAGCGUCCCAGCACCCAUCCGCAGGGAGCCGGCGUCCCCCCACACCUGCACCCCCACAGAGUACGAACAUAAGAUCUACCACACAUGAAGACGACUCCGCCUAGGAACACACCAAACUGCAGACCUGCCAGAUUCUGGUUUCACAAGGGAGGACCCGUUUUCUGAUCCUUCAGCGUUUCCUGCCAGCAACUAUCACACAGAGAGAUUCUGAGCAUAAUCAAAGAUCAACCACUCCUUCAGCUUGUGUGUGUGUGUGAGUGUGUGUGUGUGUGUGACUGAGUGCUUCAUUAUUAUUUUUCCAUUUGCGCUCUGGACAACUUUGUUUAGUUGUUUCUUAACAUCUUUGCCGUUUGUUGUGUAUGAUUCUGUCCAAAUCCUUUGUUGAUUUCAAACAUCAUCCCUCGGCACAGUAUGAUUGUGGAUUAGAUUCGUAUUGUCCGUGUUUGUUGAAUUGUUGCAUCAGUUGAUCUGAUCCAGAAAGAAACAUUCGUAUGUUUGUGAAUUAUGCUUUAGAUUUUUUUAUUAUUCGGUCCAUAUCAGGCUCCUAGCCCCCGAACCCGAACCAUACGCUGAACUUCUGUGUUUUACGCCAGCGAAACUGUCCACAAUAGCUGAGUCAUUAUUUAUUUUUUCAUUUUAAAGCUUUUUCCGUUUUAAACUGUUUGCGAACUGAAUUUUAUGGUCUAACGGAGUGAGAUGAGUUUUAUUUUUCUGAGAUUUCAUCUGUUUUUCAUGUCCAAUGUUCGUCCGAAGCCAAUGAGGAUGGAUAUGGAGGCGAAGCGGCGUCGCUCUGGAUGGAGCACUGUGUACUAUAAUGUGUGAUGGGACCACCGUUGCCUUGUUUGGGCGUCUUGUUAUUUGAGCCCAAUCAGAGCUGUAUCUCGCUAACACUCCAUCACCUCGAAACGGGUCUUGGUGAUUUACUGCCACUUUUGUCCAAAACGAGCCUGGUUUCAUAGAUUCCUGCUCCUUUUACACGUCUCUGUAGAAAUUAGGCAAUUUUUUUUUGUUAUUUAUGAACAAAACCAUCCAGAGCAGCUGCUUCCUCUGAAAUCCUGAUAUUCUUUACUUCUCUGGGUUUACUAGCGAGUUCUUUUUGAUAUUUUUUUAAAGGGUACUAGGAGAUCUGCCUGUGCAAUACUUGCUUUCCUUUUUGAAAAGCUUAUUACGUUAUAUUUAAUUUCAAAUACUAUAUAUUUAAAAGGAAGAAAAAAAAACCAACAUUGUCACUUUACCAAGGAAGUUUUCUGUUUUGUCUGUAGGGGAUUUGGCCUUAAAGUAGCAGCAUCACUGUUUAUUAUGAACUUUCCACAGACUUGCUUUUUUUUCUGGUAAGAAAAAGGAAAACUUAAAACGCUGACUUGAUUAAGCUCAGUCACUGCAGGGGAAGGACUUUUAUUUUCACGUUGUACAAGUAGCAAUUUGUUUCUGUUUUCUGAAGCAAAAGCCGCGAUAUGCUCUGUAAGAUAACUCUUAGAUUAAAUCUUUUUAUAUAUAUAUAUAUUCUGCUUUAACAAAAGAGAAAGUAUUAAUAAAGUUGUUUUUUAAAAACA